AUGCACGGAACGCAAGAAGUACUCAUCAGCGACAAUGGACCACAAUUUCGGAGACUUGUGGGCAGUGACUUUGCUACAUUCGCGAAAGAGUGGUCAUUUGAACACAUGACUUCUAGUCCACGUUUUCCACAAAGCAACGGCUUCGUCGAAGCCGCUGUCUGUGUCAUAAAGCUCAGUCUCAAAAAGUCGGACGAUGCGUAUAAAGCUCUUCAGAGCUACCGCGCUACACCAUUAGGAAAUGGUUUCAGUCCGGCUGAGCUACUUAUGGGUCGCCGUCUUCGCACGUCGCUUCCUACCGCCGCGUCGCUGUUAAGUCCAAAGACACCAAAUCGGAAUCAGUUGCGUCAAUGGGAAGAGCGUCGCAUUGAAAUGCAAAAAAGAAACUAUGACCAGCGACAUGGUGUGCGAACCUUGCCACCCCUACGGCAAGGCGAGAGGGUAUGGAUAACGGACACCCGAUCAAGUGGCGUGGUUCAGGCACCAGCAGCAGCGCCUCGGUCCUACAACAUUCAGAUGGACGAUGGUGUACUCCGUAGGAACAGAUAUCACUUGAUACCUGUACCGUCACCGUCCUCUGAUUGCCCCCAAAAAGGUCCUUCUGCAGACACGUUAGCAGCUCCCACGUCCGACUCUCGUCCCCAGUAA